AUGUCGUAUCCAUUGAACAACAAUACAAACACUGUUCGACAAAGCAAUCAGCAGCACACAUGGAUGAAACCAGCAGAUCUACAUUUACCUCGCCAGACCAACAUUUCACGCGAGCAGGAAUUACAGCACAAAUUAAAACAAACUUCACUCAACCCUGCUGCCACAUCAUCCACAACAAAGAAUGUCAACAGCGGUGAUUUCCCUAAACUUCCUCCAGGAGAGCUCACAGCCAGAAGAAAGAAGUUUGGCACAUUCAAAUUCUACUUGGACAACCUGGAUCCACUUGUAUCAAAGAGAAUCGAAAGAGGCAUUAGAAUCAUGGGAGCUGCACAUGAGCCCUUUUUCUCAAAGAAAUGCACUCACCUCAUCACCACAAAGCCCAUUCCCAUCCACGAAAAUCUACUUGCUCCCACAAUCAGUUCUAGCAGCAGCACAACAUCAAAUGCUAAAGCAACAAAGAGUCUGAAAAGGUAUGAUCCUAUUGUGGAAAGCGCCAUCCAGUUUAAUACUGUAUUGUGGAGUGCGGAUGUCAUGCAAAAGACCGUAGAAUUCUUAAUGAAUGUAUCGCCCAACAGAAAAGAAGCACCAGUACAAGAAAAGAGAGGAUUAGGCAAUUUGCUGCAAGAAGACAAGCUGUUUGGCCCAUCGACUGGCACAAACAGUGACGCACAAUCCAAACGACCCCAAUUUGUGCCCUUUACCGGCUAUUUCCUCAUUGUGGAGGACGCAACUCAAGCUCAUCGUCCCCCCAUCUGUAAACAAUGGACAAGAGAUACAACUAAAAAACUUGCUGAAUUGCCAUGGCCCUAUUUUAAACAAACACCUAAAUUUAGAUCACCAUUUGGAAAGAGAGGCCCACCUCCUCCCAAGAAGCCUGCUGAUGGUACCGCUGCCACUGCUGACGCAAAGGAUGUUGCUGCUGCUACUGCUCAAGAGGGCAUCAAACAGGAAACCACCAAAACCACUGUUGCUGACGGUGCCCUAUCGAAAACAGCAGCUGACAACAAUACCACUGCCAAGGCCAACGCACAAGAGGACAAGGAGAACAUGCCUAUGCCUAAGCAAACUACGUCUUUCCAUCAUGCAGUCAACAAAUCCUUAACAGCUACAUCGUCUCCAUUAUCAUCACAAAAAUCGCAAUCCCAACAGCUACAUCAACCACAGCAAACAACACAAAAGCAGCCAGAUUCACAAAACUUCAGUCUACGUGCAUCUGGAUUUCAGCCCUCCUGUACUAACAACAUUCAAUCCGCAUCCACCCGCUCUGUGUCUACAUCUGUGUCCAUCCUGCAAGGCGAAAAUAGACGAUUACCUCCAGGCGAUAGCGUCAACCGUUUGGAUAAACGCAUGGUGGAAAAUGUCACUCUCAAUGAACAUCAGAAACUAUGCAAACAGAAGGCCCAAAGGGAGGAACAGGCUCGCCGGGAGCGAGAGUUGAAGAAGAAGAGAGACUCUCGAUUCUGCGAGAAUUGUAACGUCUUAUUUGAGAAUUUGGAAGAGCAUGCAAAGCAACAAUCUCACCAGACUUUCAUUCGUGAUCAAAACAACUUUAAAGAACUCGAUGAAUUACUCGCAAAGACACACCGUCGUUACAAGAGACCAUUGCCUGAACGCAUGAGAGAUCUGAUCGACCCUAACAUUGAUGGCAAAAACGUGGAAUUCGUGCCUGACCGUAAGCGACCUCACCCUGCAACUCCAGCCGAUGACAUGCUGUCUCCUACUCGCAAAUUACAGACUGCUGACAUGCUAAAGAAAAAGGCACUGCCAACUAGUCAACCUCGAAUUGCUGCCAAUGAUGCGCAUCACAAUGUUAAUCACAAAUGGGCUGAAUAUGGCGCUAUCUUUGAUUAA